UUGACAUUAGCGGUUCCAUAUAUAAUUUUUAUUUAUUUUAAAGCUUUUGAAACGAGUAAACGACAAAACGACACGUGUCAUCUGAAAAUCUUGUUGUGUGUUGCAAGAAUAAUGUCUUCAGAAAAAGAGCCCGGCCCGAUUCGACGUUUACUUCAAGCAUUAUGUCCAUGCGGAACGACUCUUGAAGAAGAGGAAGACAAAAUUGAAAUCACUGUAGAAAAUACGGCUGGAGAAUUGCUCGCAAGUGCACGAUACAAGAGAACCAAAUUCAAUCGGAUCUUGUUCCGUAUACCCAUCGUCGCGGACAAGGAGCACCUAUAUCGAAAAACUAAUGAACAGAACGUGUUCCGGCCGGGUUACCAAGAUAUGUUAAAAUACCAAGUGGAUCAACCAAUUGCCGAUAUGAUACGCAUUGAAGAGACAUGUGGCCCGACUAGGAAUCUGCAAAAACCACCAAAGUGGGAAAACUCUGAUCCUGAAUCGGAUGAUUGUUGCCCCUGCGAGCUCCUCUGAAGAAGCAAACAGCGACACCUCUGUGUAGAAGAAUCAGCAGGUUUGGAGCAGUGGCGUGCAUAUCGCUGUGCUAGAACCAUACUAGGACAACUUAAAAAAAGUCAUUUCGAGAAAAUCGACUUUUAAGGUUUGAAAUUGUUACUAUAUACCUUAUUAUUAAAUAUGUUAGGUUUUUGAUACUUUGUAAUUAGUUAGCUAUUAUGUACAGAAACAUGGUGUAAUUAUAAUAAUUACCUUAAAAUGUCAUCAAAAAAUUAUAAAAAAACAUUUUGUAAGAUGUCUUUGAAUUGCGCUACAAAACACAAUAAUUUUCGAAAUUGUUCUUAUUUUAUUUUAAGUUGUCUUAGUAUUGAAAUAUCUGAUUACCUGUUUAAUGAUCCUGUCCGUGUAUUGUUUUACUUUUUUUCGGGAAAAAGGAAAGUUAUCUUUUUUUUUGAAGUCAACUUAAAAAAAAGAUAUAUUUUACAAUAUUUUUUCUUUGUUAUGAAACACUAAGGUAUCUUUACCAUUGUAAUACUAGGACAAGUUUAAAAAACAGGACAUCUUUCAAUAUCUUACUAUUUCACUAGCAAACAAGUUAAAUAAUGAGAAUAAUUCCAGUUUAGUAGAAAGGACUUUUCAUUAUGUCCUACUAUUUCCCCACAAAUCGUUUAAAAUUUACAUAUUGUAAUAGUAAGGUACAUUGUAUACUGGGCCCAAAUUAAGGAAUUUCACAAAUCUGACUAUUGCAAUAGAAAGAGCUCGAUUUUUACAAUAAAAUGACCAGGAUAACUCAAAAUCGACAUUUUAAAGUUAUCCUAGUAUUGCUCUAGGACAGCGAUAUAUGACAUAAGCAAAAAAGCGUUGCCUACCCCAGACAAUAUCAUAAUUUUUUUUUCAUAUAUUAUAAUUCAUUACUAAUCCAACAAAUAAGCAUUUUUUAUCUUACUUUUUAUUCUAGAGAUUAUACCUAAGAUAAUACAGGGUGACUCCUCUCAUACGACGCGGAGGCUCCAUGGAGAACGGUGCUUUAAUCGAAAUGAAAUUUUAGUGGCAUAUGUAGGUUAG